GGGAGCGCCAAGUCCUCCCGCCAACCACAUCGUUCCCGCCGAAUUCUACCCGCGCCCGUCGAACUUGUAUAUAACCCCUACCUUCCGCAAUCCAUUUUCCAGCAUACUAAAUUUUCUUACUCGUCUUCUUCAGUCUCUUCCUUUUCUCUGAUUCUCUGUUUAACAAUGGUUGUCUCUCUCGGUCCCGGCAAAUUCUACGGCACUAGCCUUCCGCGCCCACGGAUCUACGACGACGUCAAAUUUAAUGAUCAUCGUGUUGAUCCUCCGGUAUCAGUCGCCGAUCCGUUGAUGUCCUGGGCCCACGAAGCUCACUGGUCCAUGGGCGGUAUCAGCUUCAAACGCUUACGCCUCCAGGGAAAGAUCGAGGGUAACGUCAACAAGCUCCGUGCCGAACGUGAAAAGCUCUUCAAGAAGCUUAAUCGCAGUCCCGUUGCUGCUUCGGUUCCUGUUGGAUCCAAAGGCGAGAACGUUGCCGGAAGUAAAAGGGCGUCUCCGGUUUCACCUCCACCGGCUCCCCUUGCGGCAAAGCGACGAAGGUUCCUGUCUAUGAUUGAGGAGAGCAACGAGGAGGAGGAAGAAAGUCCAGAGGAAGAGGAGGUUGAAACAGUGAAUCGUAAGGUUCGUAGAAGGCUGGUGAAGAAGCUUGGCGAUGAUUUUGAUAAGGUGGCCUUGGCAAGUGAGAGGAGUUCUGUGUCUGAUUCUGGAAACAAGAAGGUUACAAAAGGAAGCCCAUCUGAGAGUUCUCCGGACAGAUCGGAUUCAAUGGCAUUGAGGACCCGUAGUCGGAGAAUGGAAAAAGGAGGUGAUGAUGUUGAUGAUGUUGCGAUGAAGGAGGUUGAAGAGGCAAACAAAUCGAAUUCGAAGGGAAAGAAGAAGGCUGAGAAGAACACCAAAAACAGUCAAGUAGACCAUAGUCCUGUUUCUGGCAACAGGGUUAGAACUUCCCCAAGAUUGUCAAAGCGUAGUUUAAGUUAGCUCUAUGCUGGAAAUUACGCAUCUUAAUUUACCUUGUUUUGCUAAUAGGAAACAUGGCUUAAAUUCAUAAGUUCUUUGUAAUUUUGUACUGAUGUUGCUUUUAGUCUCCUAGAACUUGCUUUAUUUUGUGAAAUAGAAAAGAAGAACUGGUAAUUGUUUUA